AGAGAGAGAGAGAGAGAAGGAAGGGCUCGAGAGCGUGACCUUGAGAAUGUGAGCGGAAUGCGCAUGUAGCAUAGUGGCAACAAAUUGUGCCUUGAAAAUGGUCGAUUGCGCUCACCGAGACCUUGGCGAGCCGGCACUGCGCGUAGUGCCUUCUUGUGGGUGGUCUGAGUUUGAGCGGUUUGUACAAAGAACAGGUUGUGUUAGGUAUUGCUGUUGUUGAGAAAUUCAGCCAGUGUAGGAGGUUAGAGUGGAUGAGGUGUGGACAGUGUGGAGGUGGUCUGUGAAGUCGUAGUGGUUCACGAGGAGAAGUCGACGCGGAGGGCAGGAGUGUCGCGCCGAGACGAAGGUUGCAGGUGGCGGGUAGAGGUUCGGUUGAUCCCAGUGUAACAGUGCUGAGUGGGCAGCGAAGGCGCGUAAUAUUUACCCGGCCUUGGGCCACUUCCUGCUGCGAGCUGUUUUAGCAAAUGAUGUUGAUGAGAAUGGGAGGAUGAGAUGAGUGCUGGUUCCAUGCUUCGGUGAAUUUGAGGAGCGCCCUACACCAGCAGAAGCGGGACCAAAUGUUUCACCAACCUUAAGAGAAAAGGUAUCAUAAUUCUUAUCGAUGGCCGAUUCACAGGAUGAUGACAGAGAUGAGGAAUGGUUUAAGGAGGUCUAUGGAAGGGAGUAUACAGGCCCGCCUAGACCUUCUCGUGACAAUCCACGUGAUGACAGCAAGGUGAAAAAACGACCUGGCGCAAAUGCAAGUGUGGACCAUGCAGGUGAUGGAUCAGAUGAGGAGGAUGAGCCUCGUGAUCCCAAUGCUGUGCCCACUGACUUCACCAGUAGAGAAGCCAAAGUAUGGGAGGCCAAGGCCAAGGCUGUAGAAAGAAAUUGGAAGCGCAGGAAGGAAGAGGAGCUCACUUGUCGUAUCUGUGGCGAGGUUGGCCAUUUUGCCCAGGGCUGUCCAACCACACUGGGAGGUAACCGGAAACCAGGGGAAGUAAUUGAAAGAAUCCCACUUAGGGAUAAGCGCUUGAAACCACGAAUUAUUGGUACAGGUGGUGCUGUCAUACAGGGAAUCGAAAAAGAUACCGGAUGUCGCUUGAAGCUUGAAGACAACCUUGCUACAGGAAAUGGUGCUUUUUAUGUACGCAUCUCAGGUCCUGACAGAAUCACUGUCAUAAAAGCAGUGGAGGUUGUUAACAAGCUGGUAGAGCAAGUUGAGGAUGAGUGGAAACAACCACCGCCACCACCAAUGAGGAGGCCACAUGGCGGUGGAGGCGGGGGAGGCGGUUCUUAUCGGGGAUCAAAUGUUAAUCCUCUCAUUGCAGCUCAAAUGCAACACAUAGCUGUACAAAGACUACAACAUGCUGCGCCAAAUCUGGGUCCUUUGGGACCUCCUCCACCAAUGGAUGAAGACAAGCGUACGAUUGAACAUAUUGCUUCGCAGUUAGAGGCUCGUCGACAGUGGGAAGCUGUUUCGGGCUCUACUCAAAAUUUGAAUGGAUCCGGUGCUUCACCACCAUUCUCAUAUAAAGAUGGUCGGGGUGCCUCUGGAGGUGGAAGCUUAUCCUCGUAUAGUGGAAAAGGCUCGGGAUCCGAGGGGGGUUACUAUCACAAUAAGAAUAUGGACAACGGACCAUAUCAGAGUGGAGGGGGGAGUUUACCAGAGCACGAGCAAGAUCUGGAUGGAGGGUAUGAGGAGAAGGGAUUGCAUGCUCAAACUCUGGAAGAACUGGAACAACGGUUCUUGCAAGAAACAAUGGAGCUGACCAAGGACCAAAAUGUAGAAGAGGAUAAAGAAAAAGCGAAACAUCGAGAGCGUAUGAAUGAAAUUCAUGAACAAUAUCAGCAGAAAAUGACAAUAUUGAGGUCGAAGCAUACCAAGCAGCGUGAAGAUUUCUUGCGUCAUGAAUUACAAAUUCGUCACCAGCAGUACCAGCAGCAAACUGGGUAUGGAAUGUAUUACGGUGGAGGUGGUGGAACUGUUCCCUCGUCACGCGGAGGCCCAUAUAACGGAAAUAGUUUCGACCGCGGUGCCAACUCUGCAUCACCAGAAAAUGUACAGGGACACAUGGGAAUGUAUGAUUCUUACAAGGACGGAGGUAUGCCAUAUAGUAAUAAUGUCUCCCAUUCAUAUAGUAGGAAACAGCAGGGUUAUGAAUCGAGCAAAAAUUACGGGAAUCAAGGAUAUGAUAAUGGCGGAGGUUAUGCUUUCGGAAACUCUCAAGGCCACCCAGCUUAUGGUUGAUACGGGAGAUGUUCUUUCUUGUAAGCUGUGUGCCAAUGUAUUCUUCUAGCAGCUAAGCAAGCGAUAGGAUGAGCAGUGCAACUAUCACCAGAGCAAUCCUUGAGCACGGGUACGGGUCAUUUUGUGAGAAAGUUUAAUACUCCCGGUCACUGAAGCUGAAGUUUCUCAGACCUAGCAUUUCAGUGGUUGUGAAUGUUUUCUUGUGACUUCCUGUGUUUAGCUGUAACAGGCGUACUAAGAAAUAUCUACCUCUAUCAUGUUU